AUGAUGAAAAACGAGGCUCACACGGCAGAUGCCGAGGAUUACACAGAGAGCGACGAUGAAGGCGCUGAUGGGUAUCGUAAGGGCGGAUACCACCCGGUGCACAUCGGCGAGAUUUACAACGGUCGGUACCACGUCCUCGCGAAACUUGGGUGGGGACACUUCUCCACUGUGUGGCUCUGCCAGGACCUCACACAGCAACGCUAUGUGGCAAUGAAGGUGCAAAAGAGUGCGCCGCAUUACACAGAGGCGGCUUAUGAUGAGAUUGAGCUUUUGGCCGAGGCCGCCAAGCGAUGCAAAGAUGAAGCUUGGGAGGAGACACAGAAAGGCCCCAGCCGCGCCCUUUUUCCUGAGCUCCCCUUCACGGGCGUGGUGCAGCUCAUAGAUUACUUCGAGCACUUCGGGGUCAACGGCAAACACGUUUGCAUGGUGUUUGAGACAAUGGGGCCCAAUGUGCUCGCUCUCAUCAAGAGGUACAACUUCAAGGGCAUCCCCUUGGAUAUUGUGCGCAAGGUCACGACUCACACGCUCAUUGGCCUCGACUACUUGCACAGAGUGUGUGGCAUCAUCCACACUGACUUGAAGCCAGAGAAUGUGCUGGUUGGGUGCCCUCGCGGGGUGCCUGUGAACAAGCAGGGCAUCCCCCUGGUGGGCAAUGUGGACCCCGUAAUGGCUGCAGCCAAGCGGGAUGGAAGAGUCCAGAAGGAAGAGAAAAAGCCAAGUGGGAAGAAGAAGGACAAAGACAAGAAGUAUGAUGAUGAAGAAGGUCACGGUGACGAUGAGGCUGAAGCGAUCCCACGCCCGCCGCCUGUCUUAGUGCCUGAGGCCAUGCAGGCAGCGCCGAACCCUUCCAGCCUCAACGAGCCACCGUACAUGAAGCCCUUCCUGAAGCCUUCACGAUCCGAUCCGACGCUGCUCUCCUCCUAUGGUGAUGACAUGGUGGCCAUGAGCCGGCCCCUGUACAACCACAUGAAGCCACCGGGAGUUCCUCAAAUGCCAGUCUCUCCAAUGAUGCCGCCGCCACCUUCGCAGGCGGCUGCUGCGCACGCGGCAGCAGCCGCUGCAGCGGGCCAACCUUCAUCGAAGAUCGAUAGCAUCGAUGAGAAGUUGAUUGACGAAGUUUUGGGUUUGGAUCUUUUUGAUCACGUCGGCGUCACGUACAAAGUGGCUGACUUGGGAAAUGCCUGCUGGGUGGAAAGGCACUUUUCGGAUGACAUCCAGACUCGGCAAUACCGUUCACCUGAGACCAUCAUCAAUGCAGGCUAUGACACCUCCGCAGACAUCUGGUCUUUGGCUUGCAUGGUUUUCGAGCUUGCUACCGGUGACUACCUCUUUGACCCCAAGGCUUCUGACGAAUACCCACGCGAUGAGGACCACUUGGCCCUCUUCAUCGAGCUUUUGGGCCCGAUGCCAAAGGACCUGAUUAGCAGGGGCCGGCGCUCCAACACCUACUUCAACCGGCGGGGCGAGCUCCGGCACAUCAAGUCCCUGCGCUACUGGCCCUUGGCCGAGGUGCUCUUACAGAAGUACCACAUGCACGAGGUCGAGGCACGUAAUUUGGCAUCUUUCCUUUUGCCAAUGCUCCACCUUUUGCCUGAAGACAGGAUUUCAGCAAAGGCUGCACUGGAGCAUCCUUGGCUACGUGGAGAGCCCAGUGAAGAUGUUAUUGAUAUGGUGAACCGCAAUGCGUUGAACAUGCCACGCGUUGCAUUGCCUCCACCGUUCGGAGCAAGAGACGGUCGAGGUGGCAUGGGGAUGGUGUAUGCAGAUGAGGAAAAAACACAUUUGCGGCUGCAGUGCUAUGACUCGUUCGCUGCUGCGGCUGCCCGAGAGGCAAUCGACUGGUACGAUCAAUCCUUCACGAAAGAGGUCGUGGAUGCGAAGCUGGAGUUUAAGGAGAUACUCGGCGCGGCCAUGGAUGCUGCCAAGACGUCGCAGGAAGGUGGUGGUAGUCUAGAAGAUGCGAUUCUGGCAGCAGCACAAGCAGCACAGCAGUCGGCUGCAGAGAAGGGCUUUGAUCCUCGGGAGCAGGCGAGACAGGCAAGCAUUGCGGGAGCAGAAGUGGCACGGCAGCUCGACGGAGACCUUCAGGGGCGUGCCGAGGCUGCCAAGAAAGCCGCGGAGAAGGUGGCUCUGGACCUGGGCUUCACUCAGCCGACAGCGGACCAGGAGGGAGGUCGGGCCAAGCGCCUGGUGCUGGAGGAUGGACAGGUCGGCGGCAACGCUGAAGAGCUUGGGGCAGAGCUGGGUCCUUCAGCGAGCCUGGCAGCGAACACCAAUCAACUGGGAGAGAACUUGGGGAACGGCGCGGGCUCCGCUGGCAGCCUGAGAGCUGCAGCGCCGGCUACGGGCGCCGGUGCCGUUGGAGAGGGUGCCGGUGCGGCUGCUGGUGAGGGUGGCAGUGUGGGUGCUGAGGGGCUGGUUGCAGGCGCGGGGGCGGGGGACGGAGGGAUUGGGAUGGGCAGGGCUGGUACAGCACUGGGCUCAGCAGACAGCUUGGAUGGAGAAGGAGAUUUGGCAGCAGGCGCGGCGGGAGCAGAAGUGGGUGGAGCCACAUCUGAAUCGAAAUCUGGUUCAAACUGGACAGACAACCUUCUGGUUAGCGUUAUGUAUGCCCUGGCCGGUGUUCUUGGAGUUGCCGCUUGUUUCGUGUGUCUCCGCUCCAUGCUGAAGGGCAGGCAUACGAAAAAGACAAAGCGAAAAGUGACUCUGGAAGCAGAGGCAGAAGACGAGGAGCAGCGACCGCUCAUGGCCAGCGAGGCUGCGCCAGACAAGGAUUCCGUGGCAGCGGCAGCUUACAAGACGGGUUCGGCCAUGCCUCGCAUCGAAGUCAAUGGCGGCACAGGGGCGAUGGCGCCUAUGGCGGCCAUGGCGCCUAUGAGCAUGCCAGGGGGCAUUAACUCUGCUGGCUAUGGUGGGUACGUGCAGUACGGUGGUACUUUGGCUCCCCCUACUCCGUGUGCCACAAUGGGUGCAAUUCCCGGUACCACCUAUGCCGGCUUAGCUGGGGCACCCUUUGCAUCAGCCCCAACCUUGGCCCAGCGCACGGGCAGCAUGGCAGUACCUGCGGCUCCCAUCUCCACAGUCUCCACAUCGGCGCUUCCGGCCGUUCCCAUUUCCACUGCCAAUGGUUUGCCUGCACAGGAGGUGAGGACCACAAGUCUGAGUGGUGCAGCUUCUGCUUCACCAGUGCUCACCCACGCACCUCUCCAGCUGAUGGCAGGACAGCAGCUUGGCUCGGGGCAGAUCCCAGCCUAUGCAAGCCUCUAUUCUGCUGGCCAUGAAGUGAAGCAAAUCUCUUACACCGAGUGGCAUAACGCCUGGCAGCCUGGCCUGCCGCGUGAUGUCGUCUUCACCAUCCCGGAUGGUGCUGUGGAGGGUGCGGCUCUCGUUGUCGAGGUCGAGCCUGGGGUUGUGGUCCCGACGACGGUCCCGACAGGUGCCUAUGCCGGUGCUCUGGCGUGUCUCCAGCGCUAG